GGCGUUUUCUGUUAAAAACCGUGAAAUUGUUUAUUUAUUAAAAUGGCGGUAAUAACGGAUAAUGAAGAGUACAUACGUUAUUCAAUACUUGCUGUUAUUUGGAUACUUUAUUUCUGGGAACUUUAUUUGAGUUUGCGUCAGAGAAAAUUGAUGCAAACAUUGACAUCACUGCCUACAUCAUUAGGUGGUUUGAUGACUGAAGAAUUGUAUCAGAAAGCUAGAAUUUACGCGCUUGAUAAAAAUGCCUACAGCAAUAUUCAUGAUCUUUUUGCAACGAUUGUCAAUACGAUUGUAAUACUUACGUACGCAUUUUAUUAUUACUGGCAAUGGGGUCUCAUGUUGACGGAAUUCCUUGCUCUGGAUACAUCAAACGAAAUAAUAGUUAGUGCUUGUGUGCUAAUUAUUAUGAACACGGUAUCGACAAUUAUUGACAUGCCAUUUAAAAUAUACAACGUCUUUAUCCUCGAAGAAAAACAUGGUUUUAAUAAACAGACGGUGAAAUUUUUCAUUAGAGAUCAAUUACUGAAGUUCAUGGUAGGUCAGAUAAUCGGGCCGCCAUUGUUGUGCGGACUAGUGUGGAUUAUCAAAAACGGCGGGGACUAUUUCUUCUUCUACGUCUGGAUAUUUACGGUAGCAGUUACACUCUUCAUGUCCGUAGUUUAUCCGGAAGUUAUUGCGCCGCUAUUUGACAAGUACUCGCCGCUGCCGGAGGGCGAAUUGAAGCAGAAGAUUGAAGCACUAGCGGCCUCAUUGAAUUUCCCGCUGUACAAGCUGUACAUUGUCGAAGGUUCCAAGAGAUCUUCUCACUCCAACGCUUACAUGUACGGUUUCUACAAGCACAAGAGGAUAGUCCUCUUCGAUACCCUCGUCAAAGAAUACUCUCAGGCGAACGUUAAUCCUGAUGGCAAAGGCAAGGAAGACUACGGCUGCGAAGUUGACGAGGUACUCGCGAUCUUGGUCCAUGAAUUGGGUCACUGGCAAUACAGUCAUACCCUCAAGGGCUUAGCAUUAGCUCAGAUAAGUUUUGUCAUGAAUUUUAUCCCCUUUGCUAAAUUAUUGAACUACCAGCCGAUUUAUACAGCUUUUGGUUUCACUGCUUCCCAGCCAAUUUUCAUUGGACUUAUCGUUGUUAUGAUGUAUAUUUUAACUCCUUUGAAUACGCUGUUCGGGUUCCUGAUGACUGUAAACUCACGGCGUUUUGAAUUCCAAGCUGAUGCAUUUGGUAAAAAACUUGGCCACGCUGCGGCAUUAAAACGUGCAUUAGUUAAAUUGCACAAAGAUAAUUUAUCAUUCCCGUUGUACGACAAACUUUACUCGGGAUGGCAUCAUAGCCACCCACCUCUACUCGAGCGUCUUGAAGCACUCGAUAAGUAUGAUUGAUAUGAUGAAAAAAAAAUUUCAUUAUUUGUGAGUAAUAAGAAAGAAAAAAUGGGCAUAAUUGUCAAUUGUUGUUGUAUACACAUCAGCAUACAUUCUUAAAGUCCGUCAUUUUUGUCAUAUGUCAUGUGUGUGUGAGUAUAAUUAAUUAAUGUAAUUAUCCAUUAAAAUAUUUUUUUUCUUCCACAAUAUUUAUAAAUCGCGAUACAUUUUUUAAAAUUUAACAUUUCUUUAUUAAAAUAAAAUUAUUAUUACAAUUUAUAUUUAAAAAAAAAUAAUUGUUCAUCAGAUAAAAUAUUGGUCCACGCGUUAUUAAAAUUAAUGUACCAAAGA